ACCCCACGGUGACUUGACCGACUUCGUCCUGCUCUCCACUGUGGAUUUACAUACCCUGAUUUCCGUGGGACUGGGAAGAGAAGGGGGAGGGCGGUGAGCCUUUCAGGAACUGAGGAAGCAGGCGCAAACGGCAUAACUUAACAAAUUAACAACUUGUGUGCUCGCCGUCGCUUCUGUGGCGCCUCCUGCCUUCUGUCGGAAUAACGGCUGCUUUUCUGCUCUUCUGGCUCUCUUCGCUUCUCUCGCUGGAUCAUUUUCCUAUACUGGAGGAGGGCUGGGAGUUUUUUCGGAGGAGACGGGAAGCAGCUUGAGUUUAACCCGGUUGGAAGGGCUGUGGCCAUGGCCGGGGGUGGUGGUGGCGGCGGCAGUGGGGCUUCUCCGUUGGGCCACGCACCGCCGAUGUGGUAUCACCGGGACCUGAGUCGAGCGGCGGCCGAGGAGCUGCUUGCCCGAGCCGGUAGAGACGGGAGCUUCCUGGUGCGGGACAGUGAGAGUGUCAACGGGGCUUACGCUUUGUGUGUACUGUUUCAGAAGCACGUCCACACAUACAGGAUAUUACCAGAUGACGAAGGUUUUCUGGCAGUGCAGACCUCUCAGGGCGUGCAGCCUAAGCGGUUUAAGACUCUGCCAGAGCUGGUGUCAUUGUACCUGCAGCCCAGCCAGGGUCUGGUCACCACCCUGCUUUACCCCGUGGAGAGAGAGGAGACAGCUGUCAGUGACGAUAGGGACUAUUCCGAUGGAGAGGAUGAGAAGCCGCCCCUCCCCCCUCGCUCUUCCUCCACCUCCACUCCCCCUGGACCAGACACACCCACAGACAGUACUCCAGCAGCUAAUGGCCUGAGCACCAUCUCCCACGAGUAUCUGAAGGGCAGCUACGCUUUGGACCUUGAAGCAGUCAAACAGGGGGCCUCAUCCCUGCCUCAUCUCAACAAGACACUAGUGGCCUCCUGCAAACGCCUUAAUGGAGAGGUGGAUAAAGUUCUGUCAGGCCUGGAGAUCCUGUCUAAAGUGUUUGAUCAGCAAAGCGCUUUCAUGGUCUCCAAAAUGAUCCAACAGGUACAGUCAGUGAAUCAGGGUGGAGACCAGGAACUGGAGAACCUUGUGACCAAGUUGGCGAUUCUCAAAGACCUGCUGUCCUCCAUAGAAAAGAAGGCCCUGAAAGCUCUACAGGACAUGAGUUUGACCUCUCCAUGCUCCCCCCCUCCUCUGCACUCCAUGCGUCACAGCAAAUCCAUUCCUGUGCAGGCCUUCGAGGUGAAGCUCGACGUUUACCUGGCGGAGCUGACGAAGAUCGGAAAGAGUCAGAAGUACACGCUGUCUGUGGACGUAGAGGGAGGAAGGCUGGUAGUAAUGAAGAAGGUGAAGGACAAUCAAGAGGACUGGAUCACCUACACACAUGACAAAAUACGUCAGCUGAUCAAGUCUCAGCGGGUGCAGAAUAAACUGGGCAUUGUGUUUGAGAAGGAGAAGGAUAAGAGCCAGAGGAAAGACUUCAUCUUUGCUAGUGCCAAGAAACGGGAGGCGUUCUGCCAGCUGCUGCAGCUGAUGAAGAACAAGCAUUCCAACCAGGACGAGCCAGACAUGAUCUCCAUCUUCAUAGGCACCUGGAAUAUGGGCUCUGUACCUGCACCCAAAAACGUGGCCUCGUGGGUUUUGUGUCGUGGUCUCGGGAAGACACUGGACGAGAUGACCGUCACCAUCCCUCAUGACCUGUAUGUGUUUGGCAGCCAGGAAAAUUCAGUGUGCGAUCGGGAGUGGGUGGAGUCACUGCGCGCCCUGCUGAAAGAACAGACAGAACUGGAUUAUAAGCCGAUCGCCGUGCAGACUCUGUGGAACAUAAAACUUGCUGUGUUGGUGAAACCUGAACACGAGAACCGGAUAAGCCACGUUGGGAUGUCCAGUGUCAAGACGGGCAUCGCCAAUACCCUGGGUAACAAAGGAGCAGUGGGCGUGUCUUUCAUGUUCAAUGGGACGUCGUUUGGCUUUGUCAACUGUCACUUGACAUCAGGGAAUGAAAAGAUUGCCAGGAGGAACCAGAACUACCUUGAUAUCCUGCGGCUGCUUUCACUGGGAGACAAACAGCUGAGCUCCUUUGACAUUUCGCUGCGCUUCACGCACCUCUUUUGGCUGGGAGACCUUAACUACAGGCUGGAUAUGGACAUACAGGAGAUUUUAAACUACAUUAACAGGAAGGAGUUUGACCCCCUGCUGAAAGUGGACCAGCUCAACCUGGAGAGAGAGAAGAAUAAAGUGUUUUUACGCUUUGCGGAGGAAGAAAUCUCGUUUCCGCCCACCUACCGUUACGAACGAGGCUCAAGAGAUACGUAUGUCUGGCAGAAGCAGAAGGCCACAGGGAUGAGGACUAAUGUUCCAUCGUGGUGCGACAGGAUUCUGUGGAAGUCUUACCCAGAAACACACAUAGUCUGCAACUCCUAUGGCUGUACAGAUGAUGUUGUGACCAGUGAUCAUUCCCCUGUAUUUGCUACAUUUGAGGUGGGCGUGACCUCCCAGUUUGUCUCCAAAAAAGGUUUGCCAAAGUCUUCAGAGCAGGCCUACAUCGAGUUCGAGAGCAUUGAGGCCAUAGUAAAGACGGCGAGCAGGACCAAGUUCUUCAUUGAGUUUUACUCCACUUGUCUGGAAGGCAAGUUUAAGAAGAGUUACGAGAACGACAGUCAGAGCAGCGAUAACGUGAACUUCCUGCGCGUGGGCUGGUCCAACAAGCAGUUAACAACACUCAAACCUCUUCUGUCAGAGAUCGAGUACCUGCAGGAUCAGCAUCUCUUGCUAACAGUGAAAUCACUGGAUGGAUACGAGUCCUACGGCGAGUGCGUGUUGGCUCUGAAGUCGAUGAUUGGCAGCACAGCACAACAGUUCCACACCUACCUGUCUCACCGUGGGGAGGAAACAGGAAAUAUCCGAGGGUCAAUGAGGGUCAGAGUCCCUUCUGAAAGAAUGGGAACCAGGGAGCGAUUGUACGAGUGGAUCAGCGUGGAUAAGGAUGAGACGAGUGGACCUAAAGGGAAAUCUGCUGUGGUAUGCAGAUCGGGGCAUGAGUAUGUGAAGCCAUCUGUGAUUCGUAAGCCCCUCGGAGAGCUGGGAAAGGUCAGUGAAGAGGGAGAAAGGAACAGCAAAGAGGAGACCGCUGCAAGACCUAAACAGGACGGAUCAGACAGCGAUCCAUCCAUCAGCAAGAACAGCUACAAUAAUCCUGCCUACUACAUCCUGGAGGGCGUUCCCAACCAGUCAGCUGCAGCCGUUUCACCUGAGCUUCUGCCCUCUCCUACCUCAGCCAACCCCCAGGCAGCUAAACCCCCUCCUCCCUCUGCCGGGGCGCGUUCCAAACCCCCCGGCGCAGCCUCGGGGCCCCCUCACCCACGCAGACAGGUUCGUGCCAUUAGCGAGGAGAGCUCCUCAGAAGACGAUGGAGGUGCUUGUGUUGUUGGGGCACAGGGAGGAGGUGUUGGAAGCACACUGAAUCGACCUCCUCCUGACUUCCCCCCACCUCCUCUACCAAAGGGAGCCCUGGAGAUGGUUCCCGAGGCCCCCUUCACCAAACCUCGCUCCCUUUACCCCGACCUGGCUGAGGUCAGGAUCCCCGCAGCUGGCUCCGCUGCCCACGGAGAUGCUUUCAGGCGAGGAGGAGUUGGAGCAGGGGCGCUAGACGACCAGUCGUGCUCUGUGCUCCAGAUGGCAAAGACACUGAGUGACAGUGAGUUUCCUGGACAGCCUCCUCGUGCCCCCUCAGCACCGCCUCCUCUCAGGGGGCAGCCGAUGGGUUUAGGUCUGGAUGCCUGCCGCACCUUCCCACCUAGAAAUCCCAUCACAGAAAGUAUAGCAGAGGAUAUGCCUGAGGAGGCACUUUGGGGCAGCAGUAGCUCAUCUCUGUCUGUGGGGGAAUCGUCAGUGGGCGAGUGGCUGCAGAGGCUGGGUCUGGAGCGGUAUGAGCAGGGUCUUCUACACAACGGCUGGGACGAUUUGGAGUUCCUCAGUGACAUCACUGAGGAGGACCUGGAGGAGGCGGGUGUGCACGACCCCGCCCACAAGCGAAUCCUGCUUGAGAGCCUCAGGCAGCAGCAGCAGCAGAAAUAGACUGCAUCAAACUGGUCCAUGACUGGUCCAAACCGGCCUGGUACCACACCGGGCCCAAUCUCAGCUCAACUGAACCGAGCUGGAACGUGCCAAUCGAUGCCAGACUGUGCCUUCUGAGAGAAAUUGCACUCCAUUUGUACUUUCAAAAACACUUUCUGAACCAACGUCCUUUGAUUUUCACAUGUACUUUAUGUGUGUUGUCCUCAUACACGUGGCCUUAUUUAAUGAUAAUCAUUUCAGUCCUUCAAGCAUCACUACAUAACUUUGGCUUUUAAAUCCAGAGAGGAGAUCAGGUCAGACCCAACCUGCAGCUUCAAGUUGGCAUUUAAAGCUUGUUUCCAUUCGGCCUGAGAAUCCUCUAACUGAGGAUGACUUUGAGAAAGAGAAAAGAGGGCUUUGAAAACACACCACCUGUGUUGCACACCCUCGCUUUGGACUCUUAACUCAUUCACUGCCAUUGACGUCUAUAGACGUCAAUUACGUUUUCAAUGGGAGGGGCUAGAAUACAACCUC